UAGUAGUUGGCUAUCUAUGGCUAGCACAAUUUGACAUGGAUCCUAUUGGAAUAUGAGAUGAGGUGCAUUGAUUAACAUUUAUUCAACUUUAAGGUUUAGCUUUUAGGUUGUCCAUGGCUGUAAAUAUAGGCUAGAUAAAUUGAGAAGUUUAAACUAGUAGGGGAAGAUGUUAUCCGCGGGCAACGAAGAUUUCAGGGUGAAGUUUCCACUACAUUCCUUAGUCUGGGAAAAUGAUUACAGGAAAUUGGAAAACGACUCAACAAAGAACGACGUCGAGGCUGUGGAUCCCAGGGGAAGGACACCGCUCCACCUGGCUGUGUCGCUGGGCCACCUGGAGUCGGUGAGAGUGCUUCUGAGACAUGGCGCUGAAGUUACCAAAGAGAAUGCCAAGAAUUGGACAGUGCUGCAGGAGGCAGUCAGCACCGGCGACCCAGAGAUGGUGCAGCUAGUGCUCCAGCGGCGAGACUACCUCAAAGCCUCCACAGCUCUGGGAGGAGUGCCUGAGCUUCUGAGCAAGAUCCGUGAGUCCCCAGAUUUCUACAUGGAAAUGAAAUGGGAGUUCACAAGUUGGAUCCCUCUCGUUUCCCGGGUUUGUCCCAGUGACGUGUGUCGGAUCUGGAAGAGUGGGGCCAGCCUGCGUGUGGACGCCACUCUGCUAGGCUUCGAGAACAUGACCUGGAUCAGAGGUCGUCGGAGCUACAUUUUCAGGGGAGAUGAUGCCUGCACAGAGUUGAUGGAGGUGAACCAUGACGAACAGGUGGUGGACACGGAACGCUUUGACAUCUCCAGGGAGAUAGAAGACGUAACGCUGGACUCCAUGCAACCUGCAGAACAGGAAGUGGCCAAGCGGCUGACCACGCCCGUUGUCAAUACCUUUCUGGACACCAGGGACAUUGCUUUUGAGAGAAAUAAAUCUGGGUUUUGGGGUUGGAGGAGUGAUAAAACGGAAGUUGUCAAUGGUUUCGAGGCUAAGGUUUUCACUGUGAACAAUGUAAGCGUGGUGAUCCGGACGAGGACAGAGCAUCUCACCGAUGAGGAGAAGGCUAGAAUAAAAAGUGAGAGGAAUGUUCUGGAGUCUCUUCUGGGCACAGUGGAGCAGCAGAUAAGUGUUCAAGGGGACCUCACGCUGGAGUACGCGACAGCCAACAACCCCACCGCCAUCACACCGGAGGAGUACUUUGACCCUGCGUUUGACCUUGAAGACCGAGACAUUGGCCGGCCCAUUGAACUUACCAUCCGAACCCAGAAGUUCAAGGGUACAUUGUGGAUGAGCGAGGAACACCCCCUCUCCCUGGUGGAGCAGGUCACCCCCAUCAUCGAUCUCAUGGCCCGGACCAGCACCCACUUCGCCCGGCUGCGGGAUUUUGUCACCCUCAAGUUCCCUCCAGGGUUCCCUGUAAAAAUAGAGAUUCCCCUAUUCCAUGUGCUCAACACCCGCAUUUCAUUUGGCAGUGUCAACAAAUGCAGUACGGGCGAACCCUUGGAGACACCCCCCUCCGCUGCCACAUCCGAGGAGGAGGAGGUGAGGGAGGUGAGGGAGGAGGGCGGCUGCAGCGAAGCUGCAGUUCCCCCUCUAUUCCAGGUGUGCCCGUCGGUGUUUGAGGUGCCCUCACACUACCGCCACCGAGGAGGGGGUGGCAGCCGCCACACGCCGGUGUCAAAUCAUGACGAGGAGCUACUGCAGUAUGCCAUCCACCAGAGUCUGCUGGAGUCCGGUGGUGGAACCCUGGGACAGGAAGUGACCUGGGAGGAUGCCAAUGGUGACCUCACAGACCCCAUACUCAGUAGCCAGAGUGACGGAAGCAUCCCAGAGGGGGUGCUGGUGGACCUGGGAGACACCACGUCGAGUCAGGCGAGCUCGGGCACCUCGGCCUCCAGCCCCGACACUGACCUCCGCAUGGCCAUGGAGCUGUCGGCCCGGGCCCAGGCCGAGGAGGAGAGGAGGAGGAAGGAGGAAGAGGAGGAGCUGGAGAGGAUAUUGCAGCUCUCGCUCACAGAGAAGUAAAAAAAGGAAAAUAGGAGGGAAAAAAAUAAUAAUUAAGGCCAUGCCUUGCCAUAACUGCAUUAACUUUUCGUUGAUCAAGAAGCGGCCACCACCACACCCCCAAUCCAGCCCCACCCCACCCUCCUCCUUCACUACAAUCUGCCAUGACACUGGAAAAACAUCCAUGUAACAUAUGUCAAACACAACCAUCUGUAUUUAAUACUUUAAUACCUAUUUUUGUAAAAAAAAAAAAAAAUUUGAACAGAUGUAUUGCUAGAUUUGUAUUCUGUAUAACACUUAGGCUCUGUCUUAAAAGUGUAGAAGCUGUCAAAUCCUUGAUUCCUCCCGUCCUUUUAAAACAGAGCCAAAGCCACUCCGCUCUCCCGAAGAGGUAUCCAGGUAUUCUUUGAUAUUAUUUUGGGAAGGAUUUCCAUUGGAGUGUAAGGGUUCCAACAAGUGAUUGUGUUUGUUGGGUGUUGUGAAGAGCAGGUUAAACUUGGGACCGGUAGCUGCUUUAGUUGUGGCUCUGGAAGGUUGUUGUUUUAGAGCCCUGGGUCAUGUUCAUUAGGCACCAACUGGAAGGGAGCAGAAUGAAACCGAGAGGGGCUACCUGCACAUUUUCAGUUUCCUGUUGCAAAAAGUUUAAAACAUGUUUUAUUUUUUUAUUAAGAUGACCCUGGAAAUGGCAUUCCAGUCACACAGCCAUUUGAAAAAUUGAAUAUCUCAGGGUUCCAUUGUUCUACAGUUCCUCUGAAACUAGUGAAAGUGCAGUAUGUUAGUUUAUUGUAGACACAUCGAACAUGGUUUUCUGGUCAUCAAUAUGGAUUUUUUUCAAACAAUAUGACUUGCUGGUGCUUCCAACCCUUUUUCUUCUCGUGCUGCAAGAAUUCAUGUUUUGGAUUUGUGUUGUCAUUGACGCAAUGUUAAAAUGAAAGUGAACUACAUGAUCAUUCAAACAGGUUUUGACUUGCCCCCAGAAACCAGGUUUUAUUCAAAGGGCUUGUUAUGUAAGAGGGUUUGAUCUUGUUGGCCAUGGGCACCAUCAAGCAUCAGAACCUCAACAAAGCAAUAGCAGAAGCCGCUGUGCCUACCUGUGGAUGACAAAGGAGCAUACACACGGUUCAGUGGUGCUCGCAAACAAACAAGGUCGAAACAUUGAUUAUCGUAGGCUAUCCAUUGUAUAACUCUUUAUCCUUUCUUAAAUGUCAAAGAAUCUGUCCAUUAGACUUCAAACUCAGCAGGGUUCUAAGUUCUCCUGUUAGGGCUGUCUUUUUUAUUUUUUUAUCUUGAAACUACAGAGACCUGUGAACUGAGUGACGUGUGAGAUCUGCUCCAUGUAGCAUCAUCAUUUUGUACUGAAGGAAGCGAUCCCCUCUAACGUUCCCAAUCCCAAAUGGAUCUUACCUACAGUGCCUUCGGAAAGUAUUCAUACCCCUUGACUUUUUCUACAUUUUUAGUUACAGCCUUAUUCUAAAAUUGAUUAAAUAGUUUUUUUUCA